CAAUCCGCAGUGUUUCUGCUGCGUAGGAACAGGAAGUUGAUUCAAAACAUCCAGGCGCUUAGUUUAGUGUUUUGGGUUUUUUUUUUUUUAGAAAGAAAUCUUUUUUUGAGGAUGCUUCCCUCCACUGCAGUCUUUUAUUUUCCCUGGGAAGUGAGCUGUGGUGCAGUACAAGAAGGAGACUCAGUGAGAACAUUUGGCAGACUUGUGCGCUAUGAACCCGAGGAGUCCAGAGCCACACUGUCAGCCAAUCAUGCGUCAACUGAGCACCAUGUGGUCAUACAUACCAUGUAUGUGGAGCCCUUUGACCCCAUAAUGGGGGCCCAGUAUAUAGUUCUGGGUGAGAUAGAGAAUGCAGAGGGCAUUGGUGCGACGGUCCAUGCCCGUGCCCUGAAUUGCAUCGAUGGUGUGAACCUCGCUCUUCUACAGAAAGCCAUCACUGAACAAAGAAGCUUCUUUAUGGAGAGGGACAGCAAACAGAGUGAUGCUCCAUCACGCUCCGACGCCAUCUGAUCAGGGUCUGCGUCAUAUUUCCGAGUUGAAAAAUGGAUGUAAUGGAGCUACGCAACAGGCUCUUCAUCUGUAGACCAACAUGCGCUUGACCGUUGCUGUGAGAGCUCAAGUUAAUAUUAAGAAAGUGUAAAAGAUGCACUGAGCUUCUCUGGAUGGUAUCGAUGCUUUUAAAGACAAAGGCAGAUGUGAAAGUAGGGCACAGUAUUUGUUUCAUUAGAUGAGCUGGUAAAGUGUGAGUGAACAAUCUGGUCUUCCCACUGAUGUUAUAUGGAGCUGAGAGUCAGAUAAUGGAAUUGAAUGACAAAGGAACACUGAGUGGACUUAAGCUUUGGUGAUGGAGAAGAGUUGUGAGCACUAAUGGACCCAAAAUACAGCAGUUAACUGGAAUCAUCAAAACAAAUAUCACUUUUGGAUGCACUGGCCUUGAAAUUAAACCUGGCUUGUUUUAGUCAUGCGAUGUGGAAUAAAGAUGGAAUUGAAAAAGAGUUCAUGCUUGACA